GGUCCACCCUCCGGGUCCGGCAGGUCCUCCCCGCACCGCCGCCGGCCAGUCCAAGAUGGAGGGCGCUCCGGUGGCGCCGCUCGCCCUCCGGCUCUUCUUGCUUGCGGCGCUGCCGGCCACCGGCUGGCUGAAGACAGGCACCUUUGAGCCGCCACCGCCACCUCGAGCCCCGAAGGACAGCGUUAGAGUUAAUGUAACUACCCUGAAAGAUGAUGGGGAGGUAUCUAAAGAACAGGUUGUUCUUAACAUAACCUAUGAGAGUGGACAGGUAUAUGUAAAUGACUUCCCUGUAAAUAAUGGUGUAACCCGAAUAAGCUGUCAGACUUUGAUAGUGAAGAAUGAAAAUCUGGAAAAUUUGGAGGAAAAAGAAUACUUUGGAAUUGUCAGUGUGAGAAUUUUAGUUCACGAGUGGCCUAUGACGUCUGGUUCCAGUUUGCAACUAAUUGUCAUACAAGAAGAGGUAGUAGAGAUUGAUGGAAAACAGGCUCAACAAAAGGAUAUUACCGAAAUUGAUAUAUUAGUUAAGAACCAGGGAAUACUGAGGCAUUCAAACUACACCCUACCUUUGGAAGAAAGCAUGCUGUACUCCAUUUCCCGAGAUGAUGACGUUUUAUUUACCCUUCCCAACCUCUCUAAAAAAGUAGAAAGCGCUAGUUCAUUGCAGACCACCAGCCAGUAUCUUAUCAGAAACGUGGAAACCACUGUAGACGAAGAUGCUUUACCUGGUAAAUUACCUGAAACUCCUCUUAGAGCAGAGCCUCCAUCGUCAUAUAAGGUGAUGUGUCAGUGGAUGGAAAAGUUCAGAAAAGAUCUGUGUAGGUUCUGGAGCAGUAUUUUCCCAGUCUUCUUUAUGUUUUUGAACGUCAUGGUGGUUGGAAUUAUAGGAGCGGCUGUGAUAAUAACCAUCUUAAAGGUGCUUUUCCCAGUUUGUGAAUAUAAAGGAAUUCUUCAGUUGGAUAAAGUUAAUGUUAUACCUGUGACAGCUAUCAACUUCUAUCCAGAUGGUCCCAAGAAAACAGCAGAAAGCCUUAAAGAUAAAACAUGUAUUUGAAACACCAGCUCAAAUCAUGGACUCUGAAUUAGUGUAUUGGCUCUAAAUUUGCCACUUGAAUGUAAGUUUCUUUAAAUCAUUAAGAAUCAGUUUACACUAGAGAAAUUACUCAACUCCUAAAGCUACCUAAAACUUGGCCUUUAAAAUGACUGGUUAAAGUUCACCUUAAGAGGGCUUGUUAUUCAGAUGAUGACUUGUUAAGGAAAAUUUAAACAGUGGAAGAGAAGACAUGUGAAGAAACUUUGAAAUUACCAAAAAGAAAAAAAAAGGCAAGACAAAAUGCCAUGUGCCAAUACUUUUCAAGGUGCCUUUGUUAAGGAAAUUAUAUCCACUAAAUUACUGUAAUAUAUAUAAGACUUUGUGAAGAGCACUUUAUGAAAUUCUAAUUUAAAAGCUCAAGAACUUAACACUUAUUUUUUUAUUCAGUCAAAUGUGCCUUUAUGUGACUCAGCAUGAAUCACUGAAGUGUAUCAUGAUUUGAUUAUGUCCUGUACCAAGACCACAUACCUUGAAUGCACCAGGAUUUCAAGAUAGUAGUGACAUGUUCUCACUCUAAAAUAAACUUUUUUUGAGGAAAAAUUACAGUCUUUGGUAUAAAAACUGUUCCAAGGUGAUAAUGACGCCUAUAUAAUAGUUCCUUUUGUACCCUGGCUGAAACCAAGGCUCAAGUCAGUUAAUGAGGCCAUCGAUAUCAUGAGAUUAGAAUGUACCGUUUCUUAUGGUUCCAAGUUUAGUGCUGUUUACCCUACAACAGUGUUUGGCCUUUUUUUAACCAUUGCCCGUAUUGACAUGUAUUUUAUGGUGUGAUCUAGUACAUGCAAUACUUAUCUUUACUCCAUGUGAUACUUUCUAUUCUAUUAAUAAAACUUUUGAUUGUAAGCCAUCA